UAUAUAGACGAUGAAUGAUGAUAUAUUAUAACUAUAACUUAACUACAUCAGUCGCUAGUCUGCUUUCUGUAUACAUAUUUAUUUAUUUAUUUUGGGAAGAAUAAUAAUACUAAAAUAAUAACAGAGCCAUUUGGUAAAAGACACCUUGCUUGGUAGUGGGGACCUCUCUCCAAUGCACGUAUAAUAAUAACAAUAUAAGAAAGAGGUGAAAAUCAAAGACUACAAAAAGGGCUUUCGCUACUCUGUUUUCCCACAAAUUAGUCAUCACCAUUCACGCCUUCCUCUUCUCUUUUCUCCUUCUUCUCUUCUCUCUCUCUCACAGUAGACAACAUGGGCAGUCACCUGCAUUGGACGAUGCUUCUGGGUUUGCUUCUAAUGGUGUCCGGAACUAUGGGAGCUCCCCCCAAGAGACCAGUGAAUGUGCCAUUUGGCAGAAACUAUAUGCCUACAUGGGCUUUCGAUCACAUAAAGUACUUCAAUGGAGGCUCAGACAUUCAGCUCCAUCUGGAUAAAUACACUGGUACUGGCUUUCAAUCCAAAGGUUCUUAUUUGUUUGGCCACUUCAGUAUGCAAAUAAAACUUGUCCCGGGUGACUCUGCUGGAACAGUCACUGCGUUUUAUUUAUCUUCUCAAAACUCGGAGCAUGAUGAAAUAGACUUUGAGUUCUUGGGAAACAGAACAGGGCAACCCUACAUUUUACAGACUAAUGUGUUCACGGGAGGAAAGGGAGACAGAGAGCAAAGGAUUUAUCUCUGGUUUGACCCUACCAAAGAUUACCACUCCUACUCUGUUCUUUGGAAUAUGUAUCAGAUUGUAUUCUUCGUGGACGCCGUGCCAAUCCGUGUGUUCAAGAACUGCAAAGACUUAGGAGUGAAAUUCCCAUUCAACCAGCCCAUGAAAAUAUACUCGAGUCUUUGGAAUGCGGACGAUUGGGCCACAAGAGGUGGGCUUGAGAAGACUGACUGGUCCAAGGCCCCAUUCAUAGCGGCCUACAGAGGGUUCCACAUCGAUGGGUGCGAGUCAUCGGUUCAAGCCAAGUACUGUGCCACCCAAGGAAAGAGGUGGUGGGAUGGUAAGGAGUUCCAGGACCUUGACCAGAGCCAGUGGAGGUAUCUCAGGUGGGUCAGACAAAAGUACACCAUUUACAACUAUUGCACUGAUCGUGUCAGAUACCCUAACAUGUCACCUGAGUGCAAACGUGACAGAGAUGUUUGAUUGAUUAAUAUUAUUUCCAUCAUGAUCACUCUCUCAACUCCAUUUUAGGCUUGUGUUUUAUUAAUCGUCAAACAUCAUUAUUAUCAUCAUACAUCAAACACAAAACAAGCCAUAAUAUUUAUGUUGUAUCUAUUAUUCUCUACUAUGAUUGAAGAUUGAAGAUUGAAGAUUGAAGAUUGAUAUGUAUCCUAAGCUUUUAGUUUAUCAUUCAUUUUCGAAUAUGCUCUUCUACUGCUACUCUACCUAGUAUAAUGAUUAUGGUUGUAUUAUUGGAUCUUUAUAUAUUUUAUAUAUGAUUUACUUUACAUAAA